AAGCGAUACCGCAGGGUACUACUAAACUGUCUCUAUACGCGCCGCCACCAGCAGUACUGGCCGUGCCGUGCGCUCACAGUGGUCCGGCGCGCUGCUCGACAGACAAACUAUCUGUACGCCGCUUUUUAUCUCUCGGCCGCCGUCUCUCUGUCGCUUCUUCUUCUGCUACUUUUGAAAUUUUUUUUUUUAAAUAAUAAUUUUUGAGUUUUUUCCCGCCCUCCCCUCUCGGAUUUACGUUAUUAAACCCGUCGGAUCUACCGCGUUUACACCCGUCCGUUGGUCGGUUUGAAAAAAAAAAAAUCCAAUUAUUACUGAUAACGACGACGGCGUUGUACAACAACAGAACGAUCGCGUUCAACGAGGACAAUUAUUUAUUUUGUAUAUUUUGAAAACUCUCCCCUCCCCCCCAAAAAAAAAACCAACACCGCGAAUCGGAUACGAACAGCAGUACAACAACGUCUUGGACGAUUCACGCGACGUCUUCAUGUCGACUCGACCAUGUGGCGCGUCCACGUUUCUUCAACAAUCAUCAAAAGUCAAAGGCGAAGAGGAUCGCGUGGACUGUUGAGCCGUUGAAACACAACAUCGUAAUCCAAGCAACAUGAAGCUGAGUUUUCGCCUGCCAUUCCCCGCACACGUUUCUGGCACAGCGACCCAGCGAUUUAUAACAUGUUCUGUAAUUCUUCUGGUUUUCAUCAGCGACGUUACUACUGUGGGUCACAUAUUGAGACAUCACCAACAGCGAGACAACUCAGGUCUGAGUACACUAAGCCCACUAGAAGAACUGACAUGGCCUCAUUCGGAUGUGAAGUUACCGUGUGGGAUUUUGCCCGCAUCGAAUCACACGUCCAAUUGGUUACAAAUGAAACUCAAAUGGCUCCAUAACGGCAAGAGCGUGGACUUGGGGCACAGGUAUAACUUGAAUCAUAACUCUGGCGUUUUGGUGAUCAGCAACAUCCGAACGGACGACAACGGUAUAUGGCAAUGCGUCAACGAAAAACAAGUGGCCAGAGCGAUCAACUUGGUAGUCUUAGAAACUCCCAAAGAACCCUACUUACUAAUCGACGGACACCGUCUGGAUCCGGGAAAUUUGUUCGUGCCCGUCAAGGAAAACAUGGACCUGAGCAUAGAGUGUGUGGUCGAAGGUGGAAAUCCCGUGCCGUCCCUACACUGGCUGCUGUUCCCGGGCAACAAUAACAACAACAACAACAACAACGACGAUUUCGACAACGACGAAAACCUGGCCUCGGCAGUGUUACAGUCCAACGAUUCCUAUCAAGAAAAAGAUGUCAGUCGCAGCUCGGCCAAAAUCCAAAGGGUUCUCCGGGCCCACCAUAACGCCACAGUGGCUUGCGUUGUCACCCACGUUACCCUUGUCAACCCUUUGAACACCUCCAUACUUCUGGACGUCCAAUACACUCCGUCGUUUGGCAUAAGCAGAGUUCCAGGCUUCGGCAUACCCGUCAGAGAAGGCAUUCCGGUGUCUCUGAAAUGCGACGUCGACUCCAAUCCACCGUCGUCGCCCGUCUGGCAGAAAGAUGACAGCGCCCCUCCCGUCCUGCAGACCGACGACGGUUACUUGAACUUCACGUCCAUAAGGAGAAACCACAGCGGUUGGUACAAGUGCACCAGCCGGCACUUGCUGUCCGAGUACUCGUCCAUCGGUUACUUUUUGAACGUGAGAUACAACACGGAGGAAUUGGAAUCGGUCCGCAAAGAACUGAUCGAAGAGGAGGACCGAGCCGGUUCGGUGGAAUCGGUCGAAGUCACCGUCGGCGGUGAAGUGCAACUGGAAUGCCCGUCCGGUCCCAGCACGGCCAUACCCUGCUGGGCCAAGUCCACGGCCGAUAACCGACUAGAACCCGUCGGCCCAGGCAGUCAUCUUCGCAUCGAACAAGUGUUGUACCAAGAGGCCGGCGAGUACAAGUGCAUCGUCGGCAACAAGAACAAAAACCACGAAAAGCUUAGGGUUUACACGGUCCAUUUGAACGUUGUCGGCGGUCCGGUGAUUUACAUUGAAAACAGAACCGUGGUAGUGCACGAGGGCGACGACACCCGGCUCUCGGCCGAGUUCUGCGCCAACCCGAUGGCCAACAAAGUGCUUUGGAUCGCCAACGACAGAGUGAUUCGACCCGGAACGGCGGCCGGCCAACUCGAGGCGCAUACCGUCACCCAAUCUACAUCUUCUUAUUGCCAAGUGACCGCCCUGACAAUACAUUCGGCGACGCCUGUUCACAGUGGUGAAUACAACCUGAUCGUCGGUUCUGGUAAAACAUUGGUGGAAGCUACGGUUAUAUUGAGCGUAACGAAAAAUAGUCGAAACAGAGAGCCCGUCCAAACGUCCGCUUCGCGUUCAGUUUGCUCAAUAAAGUUUAAUUAUAUGCUGGUCAUCGUCCUGUACUUAGUUAUGUCAAUUCGUGUGCAUUUAAUUUAAGACAAAACAGUCACAGUAAACGAUAUAUAUAUAUAUAUUUAUACCCUUAUAUUAUAUACAUAUAAGUAUUGUGUUGAAUAAUAAUUAAAAUAGCUGAUAUAAAAGAAGACUUCUCCCCUCCCCCCCCCCCAAAAAAAAUUAAAAAAAAAACAUUGUAUAGUCGUUUUAUUUGUUGUUUGGAUUGUUGUUAAUU